AUGCAUGCAGCAAAGCACGAAAGCUUGGGAUCCUCUGGUGUCUACCCUAAAGUCGCAUACUUGUACGAUCCUUCGCUUGGUGACAAUGGUGGUAGAGAUAGCGAAGAUGAUGAGGCAUUAGCCUUCAUGUCCGGUGGUGCCAGUGGAUUGCUAUCAACUGGAAGCAGAACACCUCCUCGAGCGCCUCAAAACUCUUUCGAUUACGACUCUCCUAACUGGCAAUACAGCGACCCUGGUAACCCGUUCAAAGAUCCAGAGGACCCCUUCCUGGACUGGCGAAGUAGUGACGCGAUUAAUUCACCAAGUGAAACUGCAUCUGCUCUUGCUGCUGCGGUCGCAGAGUACGGGGCAGGGCCGCAAAAGCCUCUCCCGCCUGUACCGCUUUCCUUGACGCCUCUCUUUCACGAUCAUGUCAUUCCAUCGCCAACUUUGAGUCCUAUGGUCAAUGGCUGUAGCUUGCGUCGCAGUCACGCACGAUCGUCAAGAGGGAGUAGUGUCAGAAGUCAAAGGUCAUUGAGAGGUUUCCACGCUUGUCCUCCAACAUCUCCUAGUUCAACGAAUCACCCGUCAGGCUUACGUGGUCCGCGACGAAGCCUAUCAUCCAUCAAAGAGGGACACGUCGAUGAUCCCUUCAUAGAUGCGAUAGAGCAUGAUCUUCUUCUACCAGUGGACGUUCGAACGGAAACACCAGAUUCAGUGAUGGUUUAUGCGCCGGUGCCGAGGACACCAAUGCGAUCAGCCUUGUCAACAAUACUUUCGGACGACCAGACAUCCACAGCUUCAUUACCGAGUAUAGCUGCUGCGAAAUCUCUAGCAGGUGCUCAGCCUCGAUCAACUGGUAGCAUACUCUUCCCUACAUCUAAAAAUGACCAAUAUUCGUAUGCUUCGUUUGUUUACAACAACACCUUACCACUAUCACAUCCUGACCGGCCGAACAGCGAUCAAAUAACCGCUCAGAAGAGAUGCUCUUUCUUCUCUUCGUCUCGAUCCCCACAGCCGACUUCAGUGCCUCGAAACAAAGGCUGGGAAGAGAUCAAACGCACUUCCAAUGGCACAUCCAGUCUUCACUCACCUUUGCCAACACCGCCUCUUCAUAGUUUUGCUCCGCCGCGGCCGAAUCUCUCUCCUCCACCUCCUCUCAAGAAACGUUCCUUGAUCCAACUCCGCCGCAAGACGCCAUUGACUGGUACAGGCCAGCUUAUGGUAUCGACACGAAAUCCUUACCCAGCUUCUUCUACACCGUCGGCAGUGAAGGCAAGCUUCAUGUUCAACUCGAACAAGAGUUUUGAAGGCCCACGGAUGAGUCUGCUUGCCAAAGUGAACAGCAUGGGCGACAUGAGAGACGAGGCAGCAAGUCCAAAGAAGAGAAAAGGAAAGGGACUUGGGUACCGCGAUUCUGUCUCCCGGAAGGUGGAGAUGAGAUCCCGAUGGAGUCCUUCGGAGGUAGGGAGGUCAUUCUGA